AUGACAUUGGAAGAUUUUGAAAGGGAAUUGGCGGAGAAUAAUAGGAAGGAGAAGGAGAGAGAAGAGAGAGAGCUCGAAAGGUCUAAACGAAGACAUCGACACCGCAGCGACCGCGACGAGGAUUCUAAACAUCGCUCCCAUCGACACCACCAGCAUCGUUCUCCGCAUGAUGGUCAUGGCCGUCGAGACGAUGAUGAUGAUGAUGAUGGCAGGCACAGGCACAAGAGAUCUCGACAUUCGACGAGCAAUGGGGAGGAAAGGGAACACCGGCAUAAACGACGCCAUCGAGACAGAAGUGCUCACAGGGAGAAUGAUACAAAAGGAGAGCCAAAGGAGCCUGUUAUAGAGCCAGAAUCAGAGGCCAAACUACAAAGAGAUUCAUGGAUGGAAGGCCCGUCCGGUCUUGAUAUCGAUUAUAUACACCGGCCAAAGGAGAAGCCACAGGAAGCCCCAGCAGCUCGAAUGCUUCAAGUUGAUUUCGGACAAAAACUGCAUGAGAAAGAGCUGAACCGACAUCUUCUCGAUGUUGCAGAGGACGCUGAGGCCGCGUCGGAUGCUAAUACUACACGACAAGGCGGCCCGGCGGAGGUGGACUACACAUUUGGUGAUGAAGGGUCACAAUGGCGCAUGACGAAACUCAAGGCUGUCUUCAGACAGGCAAAGGAAACCGGCCGAACCGUCGAAGAGGUUGCAAUGGAACGAUAUGGCGAUCUACAGCAUUUUGACCAUGCCAGAGAGGAAGAAAUUGAACUUGACCGAAGGGAGAGAUAUGGCAAAGAUUAUGUUGGAAAAGAGAAGCCAUCAGGGGAGCUUUUCAAAGAGAGAAAGUUGGAUAAGGAAUCGACGGGGAGGAAUAUUAAUCAACGAGAAGCCGCAAGUGACGAGGACAAACCUCCUGUACAGGGAGAGAGGAUGGAGACUGAACCCGUCCCACGGGAGACGAAAGUGCUCGAUGCCAGCUCUCUGAACAAACUGAAGGCUCAGAUGAUGAAGGCAAAAUUAAGGCGUGCACCCGAUGCCGCCGAGUUAGAAGCUCAAUAUAAUGCAGCAGUCGCUGGGGCUGCGAACCAGAAGGAAUCGGAUGUUGUCGUGCUCGGAGUCAUGGAUAAUCGCAUGCUGGCUGGUGGCAACCGAGCUGAAGUUCGCGCUGUAGAAUCCAAACGGGGUAGGGAGAGAGGCCAGGUCGAGGAAAAUGAGGAUAUGAGCAUUGAAGAUAUGGUUCGUGAAGAGCGCAGAACCCGCGGAGGUGCGGGAGAAGGGCAGCGAUUUGCUGAAAGAAUUGCCAAAGAUGCUAAAUUCGACAAUGAUCUGGAUUAUAUGGAUGAGAACGCUUCCAAGCUCGCAAAGAGAGUACACAAAUCGGAAAUCAACAUCAAAAAUGCGUCAAUAAGUGAAUUCCAAAAGAUGAAUCGAAUAUUAGAUAACUGUCCGUUAUGCCACCAUGAGGACACCGGAAAACCUCCCAUUGCACCUGUGGUAUCACUUGCAACCCGCGUCUAUCUCACUCUCCCUACAGAACCAGAGCUGAGCGAAGGCAGUACAUGCAUCGUACCCAUUCAACACCGAACUAAUCUCUUAGAAUGUGAUGAUGAUGAGUGGGAGGAGAUUCGUAACUUUAUGAAAUGUCUAACAAGAAUGUAUCAUGACCAGGGACGAGAUGUUAUUUUCUACGAGAACGCAGCUAGGCCAGGUCAGAAACGACAUGCAGCCAUGGAAGUGGUACCACUCCCAUACAGCCUCGGAGAGACGGCUCCUGCUUUCUUCAAGGAAGCAAUCCUCUCCGCAGACGAGGAAUGGACUCAGCACAAAAAAGUCAUUGAUACUCUCGCUAAAGCGCGGCAAGGCGGUGGAAAGCUCGCAUUCCGCAAUACGUUGGCCAAGGAGAUGCCUUAUUUCCAUGUUUGGUUUGAGCUCGACGGCGGUCUAGGACACGUCGUUGAAGACCCAAACCGAUGGCCAAAAGGUGACCUCUUUGCCCGAGAAAUUAUCGGAGGCAUGCUUGACUUGGGGCCCGAUGUGAUUAAGCGGCAGGGGCGGUGGCGUCACGGCACCGAUAGAAGGCUGGAUGGGUUUAGGAAACGAUGGAGGAAGUUCGACUGGACGAGAGUGUUGGCUGAGGAGUGA